CCUACACCUCUACUCUACACCAUCAUGGCGGGCGCUGCGAACAAUCCCGACGGACCCAGCCCAUCGUACCUCUCCGCGCAUAGCGCCGAUGUCAUUCUGUCCGACAUUCGUCCCAUUAAAUUGAAAGUCGAGGCACUUCACUCAAUUAAUGUCCUUCUCGAUGAAUUCCUAUACAAAAUCAUCAAUACUGCGCAAUCUCUCGUUACCGACAAGCUCAGAGCUGGAUUGCUGAGCGUUCUACCGACACCAUUGGGAAAGGAGGCGUUGUUAGAAGCCGAAGUCGAGCUGAGGGCGUAUAAGGACCGGACAAAGUCCGCAAAGGCUGUCGAGGAUGACAAGGACACAUUUAAUCUGGCAUGGACAUUUGAGCUGUUGCGAUUAAAAUGCCAGGCGUAUUCCACUCUCAAUGAAUCCGAUGAAGAUCCCGCUAGUGAAAGCCUUCUUGAAGAACGAAUGAGCGAUAGCCACCUACAUGCGCCAUCGCCGACACUGGUAGCCCCCGCAGCACUCUAUCUCACCGCGAUUCUCGAAGCCAUGUGCGAGCAUAUCUUGUCCAAUGUUGGACGGGUGGCAUCAAGAGACAGCAGCAGGGCAUCUGCAACUGUCCAAGAUGUCUUCGUGGCACUUUGCGAGGACGAGACCAUUUACGGACUUUUCAAAACGAUGAAAGUGUAUUCACAGAUCGAGGAAAUAUCCACUAUUUCAAAGGCGCGACGUAGCAAAUCAAUAUCGAGGAGCGAUAAGCUUUCCAUCUCUCGUACAUCUUCUCCAUACGACAUGUCUUCCAAAGAUUCUCGCAUUUCCUCAGAAGCUUCGUCUUCCAUGAUGGCUCAUACGCCGACAGGGUCCAGAACGUCCCUGGAUAAGAACAAGUCCAUGAAAAAAAUAAUUUCAAACAGCAGCAGGUUAUCUUCUGACACGAACAACACUCACAAGCGAUCUGAAUCCAUCCUCAGCGAAGACACCAAGCAGACUUGGGCAGCUUUCAAUCAAGGUCUUUCAUUUGACGACGGUGCUUCGCUACAGGAAUUCGACGACCUCAUGCGCUCAGGUUCUACCAUGAAGGUCUCCCUGACUCCCGAUAGGCUGAAGUCUAUGGAGGCCUACAAACAGGAAAGGGACCGUGGUAAUAGACGGCCCACCCCCCUUUUCCCAUCUGAACUUGACACUUCAUCGUCACCACCGCGAGCCAACGGUCGGCGUCCGUCCUUGCGACACGUCCAUUCUAUCACUGAGGACGAGGAACCGCUUUCUUCACCGGCAUCGUCUCCUCGUACACGGCAGUCCAUCACUACCCCUAAUCCUCCUCCAUCUUUGUCUGGCAGUCGCGCUCGGUCAUUCUCGGUUGCGAGCCCAUCUCCUUCGUCCUCGUCCUCGUCAUCCUCACGUUUUCGCAAGUACUCUAAGCCAUCGAUUCCCUUUGCGCCCUCAAAACCAGCGACACCUCCACCAGUCCCAAUGGCCCAGCCUAGACGAGGGCUUAAAGGGUCCGAUGCAAGUCCCUUCCCACCUAAGACCCGGACUGUCCAGCGUAAUAGGGAGUCUCUGGAUCUUGACGAUGUUAUGGCUGGUUCUGACGAGGACUACGACGAGGUCGUGAAGGAGCCAUCAAAACGUUCGCUUCCAUCUGUUCCGACAACUCCUAAGCGGGCUGCCAAAGUUUCAUCCAAUACGCGCGAUCUGAUGGAUUUCCUGGAUGCAGGACCUCCGUCCACAGGGCCCCCUUCUACCGUUCCCAGGGUGUCCAGGGCUGCGAAAGAUAUGAUGGACUUUCUCAAUGAAGGGCCUCCCGAAUAUAUGAUGGGGUCCACGUCCUCCUCGUUCAUGGAUAUCGAGAAGCCGAAGAGCGGGAGGCUACAAAGGAUGAUGUCGAAGCUCUCAAUGGGCGGCGAAAAGACGCGUGGAACACAAGGAAACGAUUCCAUUCGACGUCAACCAAGCACUCCAAACAUUCAUAAUAAACCUUCCCACCCUAAUCUCCCAGCACUUGCCAAUAGACCCGUUCCCCCACGUCCUCCUCCGAUCUCGCCUCCGGCCUCACCUCAUGAUCAUUAUGAUGAUUCCACUGUGACGCGACCAAAAAAGCCUCUCGUUGCUAAUACCGUCAUACCCAAGGUCGAACCGAUUGCUGCGGAUACCCCGUCGGUUCCUGUCAAGACAGAUACCCAGGAAGUCGCGUCAUCUCAAGCACCUGCCGCUGGUCAUAGCACCAAAAAGGAUGAAGACGCUACUGUCGCUUCUAAGGCCAAUCAUUCACCGGCCAAUGGGACGGAGAAGUCGCCUUCGCCUUCUACACAUUCUAGCGAGAAAUCUUCGCCGAUCAAACCAACGGAGAAUCCUUCAUCAAGGGCUUCUAACAUUAUCCGCAAAGCUCCACCUCCAAUUGUCCCCGACGCGCCACCACAAACGGUUGUCGAUGACAUGCAAGAUAUGCAUCGCUUGAUGUCACGAGCGACGACCGUUGAUGAGUGUCGUGUGAUUUUGGAGCUCUUCCUUGCGAAGUCAGGUGUUGCAGGAGACAAGGCCGUCGAGAUGGAAGUUCCAUACCCUUCACCUUCUCCGUCUGAUACUACAGAUUCAGUAGCGUCCGACGUUGCCCUGGAGCAAGCAUUGGUGGAAUACUUUUUGGGUUCGGAGGUGACGCCCGAAGGACCCCCUCUUCGAAAGAAAAAGCACAGUUCGAAAAGAGUCAAGGUUGUGCCCGCAGUUGACGUCGCACCGCCGCCCCUAUCUUCCGGGGCAGUUACAUCGGUCAUGGAAGAUGUUACCCCAAAACAUACCCCCGCCGUCAUCGAAGUCAGCUCAUAAUUCAUUUCUUGUGUGGCGGCAUCGAUUGCAUAAUGUGUUUAUAUCCUAGUUAUUUGCGAAGCUGGUACUUAGACGUGUGUUAUACUGAUUAUAUCCUCUCACUCAUUUAUAUUAUGCUAUAUCCUUUCGGUGA